CUUCUCACUCUGUCUCUCCCUCUCCCUCUCGGCCAGCUGCAUGCGCUUACCCCUCGACAUCACUAUUUUUUUUUAUUAAAUCAUAGCUACAUAGGUAUUAUACAUGUAUAUACCGUACAUAAAAUUAAGGUUAUAUCGUAUACGUAUUUGUACCUUACGUCUACUUACAUUUGGAAUACGUCAACGUAUAAUAAACACCUCUUGUCCUCCCCCAACCCUCAAAUUCAUGAUCUCCUUCUCUCUCUCUUCUCUUCACCUAACGAAGAUCCUUACAUUGUGAACUCACAAUCUAAUAACACUUUUAUUAUACCCCCUUACCCUAAUAUACCAUAACCUGUGAUACCCAAAAACGUUUCUCUACUUUGCGCCAUUGUCGUAUACAGAAUCGUGAACUGAUCUUGAGAUACCCUAUUUACAUAUCACGACACAAUCAUGGCAAGCGUAAAUAAACCAACUGACAUCAAGGAGAAGGAAGCCGACGUCAACCGGAAGCUUCAGAUAUACGGAAUUGUCAAAGCAUUCCAGAUUGGGAAGUUGCCAUCUAAUGACCAAAUAGAUGUCGCCCUAAACAGUCUGCUUCAGUCGAGAGCAUUGACAAACCCCUCGGAGCGACUUUCACCAGAAGGACGGGAGCUUGUCAAGGACUUCAGAGAAGUCGUAACUCAAGCUAAGAAGUUGCUGCUAUCCAAGAAUGAAGGAAACCUCUUACAGGAUUUCAUAUGGCAGACUCAGCAGUUUGACCCCAACGCUGUGAGUGUGCCUAACGCUCCUAUCGACAAGGAUACGGUGAAACAGCAUGGAGACAAAGUUCUCGAGGGGUUCCGGACGCUGGGAACAUUGAUUAUCACCAAUGGCCAGUUCCGCAAGCUUCUGAAUGACGCUACUAUACUACUUCGCGACAUUGCUGGCGAUGCCGCUUCCAAUGCCGCGAACAAGGUCCGGCCUGACGGCGAGGCCCUCGCUCAAAUCGACCGACCUGCUGAGGACAAUGUCUGGCAUGAUACUCCCGAUUUAUCCAAGAAGAAUUUGAAGUCGCAGCUUCAGAACGUUUACAAGAGCGACCCGGCUCAGGAUGCCAAGGGCGUGGUAAACGCUGGAGCCGGAGCUAUCCGACAACCGGACGGAUCGGCAGGAGAUCGCAUUAACGCUGCACAGGACGCGACAAGCAGGGCCGCAGAGCAGGUCAAGUCCAGCAUCGACCCGGAGACUCGCGAAUCUACGAAGGAGUCAACCCAAGAGUAUCGCGCUCGCAUUAAGCAGUAUCUGUCGAAGAAGAUGCCCGAGGAGCGUCGUAGCCAGACUAUCUGGCGUCUAAAGAAAAUGAUUGUCGAAUGCCAGCAACACCCUGACUACCAGCAAGCCAUUUCUACCUUGUUAGACUUGGCUGAAGAGUACGGUUCUCAUGGCAGGAGCAUUGCUACCGGUGGUACCGGCACAGUCAAGCAGACGCGAACCCACCUAGCUGCUGCUGAAGCUGAUCUAAAGACUCUAAUCGAGAGGUUCGCCAAUGGAACAUCUACUGAUGAUCUAUGGUCUUCCAUCAACACUAUCUAUGAGGAUGCUGAUAGGGACCCCGAACUCAAAGAUUGGUUUAAGUCGAUGAACUCCUAUGUCCGAAGGUGUCUCAAGCAGCAAGGCUACAUUAUGGAAGAUGCUUCCACCGAGGAGUGGAACCGUCUCUAUGAUCACGGCAACUACCUCCUUCGUGAGAAGUACAAGACUCACACUGAUCGCAUCGUUAAUGAGAUCAAGUUCCUUGCCGAUCAGUUCGACCAGGAUGCUCAGAAUAAGGCUUUCGCUGCCUCAGUACAGAAGUUGUUCACCGACCUUGGCAAUGACGAGAACGGCAAGGCGACGUUUAAGCCUCAUCUCGUCAAAGACCUAACUGAUGUAAUCAUCCCGGCUGCCUUUGAGAGGAUUGCAUAUAUCCCUAUCCCCCGCAUUGAGUACUCCGACACCGAGAUCGAUGCUGUCGUUGAGAAUUUAGUAUUGGAGAGCGAUAACUUCAUGCCUAAUGUGCUUGAAGUUGCUAGCGACAACUAUUUCCGCUGGGGCCGCAAGAAGAUUGCAAGCGCAAACAAGAAUUCGAUCGACGUCAAGGUCACUGGCAUCCAGAUGGAUCUUCGUGAUGUCAGCUUUUACGUCAAGCGCAAACAAGGCUUCCCCUCAAUUACCGAUACUGGUGUUGCUAACAUCAAAAUGGGUGGCGAUGGAUUUUGUUUCCGUUUGAAGUUGUCAACCACAGAUGACAAGGACAAGCAGCACUUCUUUAAGCUGGACAAGGUCGAUGUCGACGUCAAGAACCUCCAAAUCAAGCUUGUCAAGUCUAACCAUAAGAUCCUCUUCAGUCUUUUCAAGCCCAUCAUGCUCAAGAUUCUUCGACCAGUAGUCCAGAAGACCGCUGAGAAGCAGCUUAAGGAUCAAUUUAACAAGUUUGACCAGCUUCUUUUCCAGGUUAAGAAGGAAGCUGACCGCGCUCUCGACGAAGCCCGUUCCAGCCCCGAGGACGUUCCAAACAUUUACAGCCGCUACGUCACUGCUGCUCAGAAGCAACUCCUCCAGGGCAAGAAGAAGGUAGAGGCCGUGGCAGCCGACAAAAAGGUCAACAUGGCGGUCACUAAGGAGGAUAGCAUCUUCCCUGACAUUCACCUACCUGGUGGUAUCAGCUCUAAGGCUACCGAAUACAAAGAACUAGCCCGAAAGGGAGAGAAGUGGGAGAGCCCCGUCUUCUCCAUUGGCAGUGCUCCCAAGAGCAGCGAUAUCCCUGGUCCUCCUCAAGUUACCCGCAAGCCACACGCUAUUAGCGGCAGCACCACGAACGGGAACCAUACACAUGGUAAUUACGCCAAUGGUAACUAUACUAAUGGUAACUACACAAACGGGAGGACCGUGAACGGGAAGUAUUCUGAACCUGUUACCGGACCCAUCGCUACCACCGGCCCUGCGACUACUACUGUUCCCACCGUGAGUGGUAACACUGCUACGAUCUAGAGAGCGUAC